AUAUUUAAGCCCUAAUAGAGCGCUUUUUGUUCCCAAGUUUUAAUCUUCCUCUUCUUCUUCUUCCUUAGCAAUCACGCAAUUUUCUUUAGAACUUCGAGCAACCCAACUAGAGAUUGAUUUCGAACGCCAUUUCUAGCAUACUCAGGAAUUGUUUCUCUUCAAUGGCCGACAUUGCAGCAAGUUCUUCGGAUUCUCAGCCCAAAGACGAUAAGCCGGUUGUUGUUAGGGUUAAGCGCAAAGCAAACCAAUCGCCUCUCGAAGCUUUGUGGCUUGAAAUCAAUGAGAGACCUCAAAAACGGCCACUUUUGGAUUUUGGGAAUCUUUCCAUCUCCGAUUCUUCUACCAAAGCUGCAGUCGAGGAACCAAGGGCCAAGAAGGUUCUUGUUCAUCAUGUAGAGACAGUUAUAAACUCAGAUCUCACAGUUGAUUUUCUACAAUCAUUUAUGCCUUAUUCUUCUGAGGCAUCUCAACCUAAAGUGAAAAACCUGGAAGAACGACAGAAUAUCAAAGCAGAUAAAAAACAAGACAAGUUAUUGGCCAAAGCCAGACAUGACCAGGAGGUUUUAUCAACGAGUGCUCGCUUUGAGCAAAUAUGGAGGAGCAGAAAAGGAAAUAGAGGGGAAACAAAGACUGAGGAUGUGCAUGAAGUAUGUCACCUUUAUGAUAUUGUUCGUAUCGAUGUUGAGGAAAAUGUAAAUGGAAAAGAAGAAGAAGUAGAAGAGGAAGAUCAUGAUUUUGAGCACAAGAUCAUGGCUAGUUAUUUGCCACUCUUAAGAGAGUUCGUCCCAGAUGGUGCUGUAGAGGUUGAGUCUGAUAUACGUGAUUACAUGUCUAAGAAAGCAUCCAAGAAUGAUGAUUAUGUAUAUGACUAUUAUGCGGUGAAGGAAGAUGAUAUCAACAAAAUUCAGGAUGGCGAAUCCUGUCCAUUUCCUCUGGUACAAGUUAAUGAAGAUGAUGAGUUCUAUGAUGGCCCAGAUGAUCCAGAUAAUGAGAGCUAUGAUUCCAAUGCUGAGGAUAAUCCGGAUUAUGAUUAUCCAGAUGAAGAGGACUCUGAGGAUGAUGACGAGGAUGCUGGGAGCAAAUCAUCUAAAGAUGAUGAUGAUGAAGAAGAAUCAGAGGUUUCCAAUGAUAAGAGUGUAGAAGGAGACAAGUAUGGGCUGUCAGAAUCUGAAGACACGGAACAAAGGUAUGUUGCCCCUCAUAUUAAAGACGCCGAUAUUGUGUAUGAUGAUGAAUUUUGCGAUGAUGAUGAUGAUGACGACGACGACUAUAAUGAGUAUUAUCGAUAAAGGUGGCAAUGAUGGUGACCUGACAUGGUGAAAACAUCAAUUUUCUGUCUUUGUUUUCCACCAGAAUUUGAUUAGAAUUGCUUUUGUGGCCAUGAUAUGUAAAAGGGAAAGACUGCUCCAUUAGAUUUUUACUAAUAUGGAAUGGAAUGGAAGUUGCAAAUUUUAUAA